AUUCUCAAAAAGGGAGAAAGGGGGGAAGAGUGGAAUUCCUGCUCCUCCUCUGUACAGUACCAGACCACUGCCUGAGUGACUCAGUUCACACAGAGGUGGGCGGUCAUCAGCUCCACUUUCAAAAUCACUGCAAUGAACAGCAGUGAAUGCAGUCUUUUACGUCGCCGAGCACCUUUCAGGGAUGACGCGCGGACGGUGACCUUUCCGCGAGGAUACGGGGAGAGAGAGCGCGCAUGCCGAACGCGGCGCGUCACCUGCGCGUCCGAUGCGUAAAAGCGCGCGCACUGCGGUUCCGCCGCGCUUCUUCUGAAUCUGGAAAUUAGGAUCAGGAGGUUAUUGGGUGAAGCGAAUUGCCCUCCUUUGUUCGCGCGGAUGAGGGUCUGACGCGUUCCCGGGGGACUUUCAGUCGCGGUUCACACACACACACACACACACACACACACGCUCUCUCUAUGCUGCUAUGACUCCCUGCAUGCGUCUGUAUUGUGAUCUGGUUGCUCUUCGCAAGCUGCUGCUGCUGCUGUUCUUCAUCUCGGUGCUGCUCGUGUGUGUCAGGUCCGAUUCGGCGGAUAACCGAUGCUUGUCAUCCCUCAUCUUCACAUGUGAAGACUGUCUGAGACGCGGCCCUGAAUGUGCCUGGUGCUCUCAGGAGAGGUUUCUGGACGGGGCUCAUGUGAGUCAGCGAUGCGGAUCUGUGUCUGACCUGCGAGUGCGGGGCUGUGAGGAGGCUUUUAUCCAGAACCCGAAUGUGAAAGUGAAAGUAAACGCCACUGUCGGCAGCUCACAGGUGUCACCGAGAGAGAUCGACAUCCACCUGCGACCAGGCGGCGAGGCGUCGUUCGUGGUGGAGGUGCAGCAGCUGGAGCGCUAUCCUGUGGAUCUGUACUAUCUAGUGGACGUCUCGGCCUCCAUGCAGGUUUAUCUGGACCGGCUGAAGACGGCGGGUCUGGCUCUGUCUCAUCUGAUGAAGGAACACUCCAGCGACUUCAGAGUGGGCUUCGGCUCGUUCGUGGAUAAACCGCUGUCUCCUUACAUCGACGUCCAUCCCUCCAAACUCCUGAACCCCUGCAGUGAUUACGAGGUGAACUGCAGACCGGCUCACGGCUUCAUCCACGUCCUCCCCAUCACACACAACAUGACGGAGUUCACGAGGGUCAUCCAGGAGCAGAGGAUCUCUGGGAACAUGGACACGCCGGAGGGAGGCUUCGACGCCAUGCUGCAGGCCGCUGUCUGCCAGAAAGACGUGGGAUGGCGUCCCGAAGCGAAGCACCUGCUGCUGGUGAUGACAGACCAGCCGUCUCAUCUGGCUCUGGACAGUAAACUGGCUGGGAUCGUGGUUCCUCACGACGGCCGCUGCCAUCUCGAGGAUAACAUCUACUCCCAAACCACCACCAUGGAGCACCCAACAAUCGCUCAGCUGGCCGAGAAGCUUCUGGAGAACAGCGUUUACUCCAUCUUUGCAGUGGACCAGGUGCAAUACCGGUGGUAUGAGGAUCUGCUGGACCUGAUUCCUGGAAGUUACGUGGGCCCACUCGUUUCCAAAGCAUCAAAUCUAAAAGACUUAGUAGUGCAAGCCUACAAGAGGCUGCUGUCGGAUGUGGAGGUGCAGAUCGGGCUGGAGGACGGCCAGGCUCAGCGCUUCCAGGUGAACGUCUCGGCUCUCUGUCCCGACGGAUCCACUGUCUCUGGAAACACAAAGUGCUCCGGCGUUCGGCCCACACAAACAGUUUCCUUCAAGGUGACUGUAGGAAUGAUGGGGUGUCCGGAGGACGGCGACGAUCGAGAUGUUGUGAUGUCCGUCAGGCCCGUGGGCUUUAACGAGUCGGUGAGCGUCCGGAUCCGUCAGAGCUGUGUCUGCGGCUGUGCUCAGACGGGCCUCUGUCGGGAUGACCCCUCGUCCUCGGACUGUCCCGCGGACACCAGCUCCUGUAGAGCGCACCGGGGCGCAGCCGUCUGCAGCGGACGAGGGCUCUGUAAGUGCGGGACGUGUGUGUGUGACUCCAGCAGACUGGGACACAUCUACGGGAAGUUCUGUGAGAUGGACGACUUCUCCUGUCCGUAUGUGAAAGGCCGGGUGUGUGGAGGACACGGCCGGUGUGUUUCGGGUGAAUGUGUGUGUCUCUCUGACUGGACGGGUGAGUCCUGCGACUGUCCCGUCUCCACCGAGAGCUGCGUGUCGGACGACGGCUUGAUUUGCAGCGGCUGGGGAAAGUGUGUGUGCGGCAAGUGUGUGUGUGACGACGCUCGGCGAUCUGGAGCCUUCUGUGAGAAAUGCCCCAUCUGCUACAGCUCCUGUCAAUCACACUGGAGCUGUGUGAGGUGUCACCUGUCUAAGGGCCUGGGGUCCGACGCUGUGCAGCUCUGUAAUCACAGCUGUGCUCCGGCGGUGCAGUAUGUGGACGACGUCUCAGAUCUGCUGCGGGGGAAACACUGCCUGUAUCCCAGCAGUGAGAAGUGUCAGCACCGAUUCCUGGUGGACUUGGCUUCGGAUCGGCCUCAGCUGCACAUCAGUCCACAUCCUGUGUGUGUUUGGAGUCGGCGGUACUUAAAGACGUUCCUCAGCACCUUCCUUCUGACCGUCACGCUAGGGAUCGGUAUGCUGGCCGUCGUCCGACAGCUGCUGAGAGCUGGAAACUGUUCGUGGCAGUCCAACCCUGAUCCACAGUUUGACCACAGCCGCAAGAACUCAUACGUCCCCACGACCAACGAGAAGACGAUCACGUACAGGCGGGACAGUCUGCCGAAUCUCCCCGUGGAGAUGCACGCACACAUGCCCAAGAAGCCCCUGAGCGACGCCUGGCAGUGAUGACCAGGGUCAAAGGUCGUCUAGAACCAAAGCACUACCUGAAUGAAAACACAAUCUUUCUCUUUAAGCACUUACUUCACGAGAGCAAUAUCCAGCGUGGGUUUUCUGACGGUGUUUUUCAUUCAGUUUCUCAUUUGUGAUGUUGAAUGGCAUUAAAUCUCUUGUCCUGAAGCCACACAGAAAAAGAGAUGGUACGGUAAACCCUUAAUGACGCGUUCACCUCAAUAGGCCAGUUUUCUGCUGAGUUACUGUUUGCUUGUGUCUGUGAGCGGAUGUGUAGGUGUGUUUGUGAUAUUUGUACUUGUUUUAUUUUAUUCGUAUAUAUGGUACAGACUCUGGUUGUGUUCAGAAUAGCGUACUUACAUACUGCGCAUACUAUUUCUGCAGGACGCAUUCAGGAAAUACACAGACCAAUGCAACAGGCUUGACACUUCCAGUGUAAUGAUGCUUUGAUUGGACUUAAUAACUAUAUUAUCAAUUAAUCAAGUAAUCAAUUAAAUUAAAUAUUUUUUAGAUUUAUAUGAUUUUCAUUUCAGUUUACAAUUUAGUAAUUUUACGUGCUUUUAUUAUGUUUGAAUAUGAAUAGAUGAAAGCUAAAUAUAAAUAUUACAUAUAAAUGUGAUGUUUUACAUUUAUUUUUACAUUUUUUUUUUUUUUUUUUUUUUAGUAGGCUACUUUAAAUUCUGUAAUGAUAAUUUGAGCAGAUUAUUAUUAUAUUACUUUUUUAAUAGCAGUGUUCACAGUAUGCACCUUAUUUUGCGACACGGAAAUAAGUCCAGUAAAAGUAAAACUAUUUUACUAUUUUAGACUACAAAAUAGUGUUUAUGAUUAUGGUAAUAUGUUAAAAUAAUAUGAUAAGCAAUAAUACAGCUAAAAUAACUGGACGCGACUGAUACCGGAAGUCUCGCGAAUUCAAAUUAAAAAUGGCGCGCCGAGCUGAUCCUGUAUAGUAUGCAGUAUGCAGUACUCACUUCUGAACUUAAGUGUUGAGGAAACCCUGUAGUGCUGACUGGGAUUAGUACCCCACCUAGUGUUCAACACACGCUUAACCACUUCUAACAACUUUAGCAGGGUUUUUUUUUCUGAUUAAUUUUAUUUAUUUAUUCUGUAGUGAACAUAUGGCAUUGGGGUUUUAUUGAAUGUGUUCAUAUUUAAGCAGAUUUCUCAGAACUGUAGCCUAAGUUAUUUUCCAGCACUUUUCCCAGCUCAACUUGUUUCCUUAUACAACUGGAGUUUUGAGGAAGUUUCUUCCUACACUAGUUUACUGUAUGUGCAGAUCUGUGCUUAGCUGCUGGUCGGUAUUUAAAUCUGUUGUCGUGUACUACUGAGGGGCCCUUGUGUCCCGGACAGCGGCCCUGUAAGGCAGUGAUGGUACGAACCCUUGAGGUAUCCAUAGCAUUCCUGUGGCUCUAAUAAAUCAUGUUUUAACACACUGUUUACAUUGGGAGAACAUAUUUAUUUUUAGUAUUUGUUUUACUCUCUCUUUUGUUAGAAUUUUUGUUUUUGAACAGAUCUGGGGUGCAUUUCUCAAAAGCAUAGCAACUUUGUUAGUUGCAAUACAAUUUCCCAUUGCCAACCAACUAAGUUGUUAACAGGUUAGCAACUAUGCUUUUGGGAAACGCACCCCUGGUUGCCUACAGAGCAAUAUUGUUAGCAUGUGUACCCGCACAUUUCUGACUGAUAUGUGAAUGUACCUGUGUAAAGCAAACGUCACACCAGCCAUUCUGGUUAUGCUUUGUAGCCUGUGUAAUGAAAUAAAUAAAUGAAUAAAUAGAAAUCAUAACACUGUU